CUAUCGUCACAAAAAGUGAAUCAAUUUUUUUUAUCAAUCACGUCUCGUGUUAAUUUUUACUGUUUUGGUGCGCAUCACUUAUCCACUACCCUACAUUUAUCACGUACUACCUGUGCAAAUACCAGUAAUUCUGUGUUUAUCGUUCCUCUGCUCCACAAAUGGGUGCAAUUAGGCAUGUUGUGAAGUUGUAAUUCGUGCGCUGCUGGUUGGUGUUAGCUGCUUCUGGGCAGGAGUGUUGGAAAGAGUGUCGCAGAGCAAUCCUUAUCGUCAUCAUCCCAGACGAUAGGGCAAAAGCAAACAAAGCUUCCACAUCAGUACAGCGCUACCUGUUAUCUUCUGAUCGAGCGGAGAUCGUCAGUCAAUCGGUAAUCCUGGGUGCGCUAGCAAGUCUCAUGAUGGACAGUGCCACCGAGGGAGAGGAAAUUCUGUUCCUAAAGCACGCCAAGUAUUUUGUGCGAUUUCUGAACAUUCUUCCGGCACGAUUGGCCUCGCACGAUUCGACCAGAGUAACGAUUGCUUUCUUCGCCGUGAGCGGACUGGACGUGCUGGACUCGUUGCAUCUGCUGUCGGACUCGUUCAAAACAGACAUCAUCAAUUGGAUCUAUAACCUACAGGUCGUGCCGAAGCCGGGCGGAAGGCCGUGCGGUGGAAUUCAGGGAUCGAGCACGUUGAACAUUGUGGACGCGCCAGAAUGCUGCGGUUUGGAUGCGUACCGGUGGGGUCAUUUGGCCAUAACGUACACCGGUAUAGCCGUGCUGGUGGCUCUGGGAGACGACCUCUCGCGACUGGACCGGAGAGCAAUAGUCGACGGUGUGGCGGCAGUUCAACGGGAGGAUGGUAGUUUCAGUGCCACGAUCGACGGAAGUGAGCACGACAUGCGGUUCGUGUACUGCGCGGCAGCCAUCUGUGCCAUGCUGAACGAUUGGGGCAAGGUAAACAAAAGGAAAAUGGCAGAGUACAUCCAGAAGAGUAUUCGGUACGACUAUGGCAUCAGUCAGCACUACGAGAUGGAAUCGCACGGUGGAACCACUUUCUGUGCAAUAGCCGCGUUGGAGCUGAGCGGCCAGCUGGAUAUUAUCACACCGGACGUAAAGGAGAAAAUAAUCCGAUGGUUGAUGUUCAGGCAGCAGGACGGUUUCCAGGGUCGCCCGAACAAGCCAGUGGACACGUGCUAUUCCUUCUGGAUUGGAGCGACUCUCAAGAUCCUCAACGCCUUUGAACUGAGCAAUUACAAGGACAACCGCGACUACGUCCUAUCGACGCAGGACAAAGCCGUCGGUGGGUUCUCCAAGUGGCCCGGUUCGCAUACGGAUCCAUUUCAUACGUACUUUGGCAUUUGUGGGCUGAGCUUCCUCCAGGAGCCAGGACUGCUCGAGGUGGUACCAAGUUUGAACAUAUCGCAGCGCGCCUUUCAAAGACUGAAACAAUUGCACUCGGUUUGGGAGUUGGAAGCGAAUAUUAGAAGCAAAUGCGACGUGAGAGUUAACAUUGAAUAAGCAAAGUCUAAUAGGGAAAGGACAAGCAGUUUGCUAUCGCGCACACCCACGUAGGGAACAUGCCGCCGGAAAUUAGAUGUUCUGUGUUACCAGAUAGUGAUUUUCUCUUUAGUUCCGUAUUUAUUUAGCAAACAAACUUAUUGGCUAGGCGCUAUUACAUAACAAACUGGAGAAUGCCCGCACCUGCGCCGUGAAACAUUUGGAAAAGUAAGGAUCAAACUAGCAUAAACUAAUAAAGUAAGACGAUCGUGUAAAGUGUAUGUUAAGCAACUACUGUGGAAUGCAGAAAUAUAUUGAUUUUAGUAUAAGCAACA